AACCAGGAAAUAGCUAAAUAUUUCAUGGCAACUAUAUGUAGAUUACUACCAGCCCAUCCAUUAUCCAUAUACCAUUUUUUCAAUAAUUUGAUCUUGCAUAUCUAAAAUAGAUAGAAGACAGUUUCUGUGAGUUUGUCUUGGUUGUUACAAUCAUACUUGUUCUCGUUGCUUACCCAAAAAGGGGUACUUAUUGGCAGGCUCAUACUGUGCUUGAGAUGAACUACACAGAGCAACAACUUACUGCAGCUGUGGUAUCUGAAAGUUUGCGACCUCUUCUUGCUGGUCCAAAUUUGAAUGUACCUGUGAGUUUAGUUUCCUUAAUAAGUAGGUGCUGGGAUGCAGAUCCCCAAAGUAGGCCCUCAUUUGAUGAUAUCAUAAUAGAACUUGAUUCCAUCAUGGAACUUGAAAGUGAACUCAUGAAAGGUGAAAAGGCAUCAGACAAACAUUCUAUUACACAAGGUUAUCAUGAGAGUAUUAAUUGGUCUACUCAGGGUGAAGAUCUCGCAAAAAAAAUUUCUCUCAAUCCUAAUUCUUGUGUGGGCAUGUGGGAUGAUUCUCCUGAUGAUCCUUCAGUAUAUUCUCCAGCACUAUCGUGGGGUUCCUUUGCAAGUUGUGGGAGAAGAGAAACAAUGGAGGAUCGACACUUCCUUAUUCCCAACAUGUGUGAUGCACAGGACAUCCAUGUAUUUGGAAUCUUAGAUGGUCAUCGAGGUGCAGCUGCUGCUGAGUUUUCAGCUGGAGCUCUACCUGAAAUUUUGAGAUCUCUAGGCUCAAGAGACAGAUUUCAAUUUCCGUCAAAAGCCCUUACUGAAUCAUUCAUUCAAACAGAUAUUGCAUUCAGACACGAACUUAGUUCUCAGAAGAAAUGCAAGGGAGCUAUUAAAAAAGACUUUCAUCCUGGUUGCACUGCAAUCGUUGCACUUAUAGUUAAAAACAAGCUUGUUGUUGCUAAUGCUGGCGAUUGCAAAACAAUCUUGUGUCGAGCUGGACGUCCAUAUGUAUUAAGCAGGGACCAUGUUGCAAGUUGUGCCGAGGAGAGGGAGCGAGUCACCAGAGCUGGGAUCGAGGUCAAAUGGCAAGUUGAUACAUGGAGGGUUGGGAGUGCUGCUCUUCAGGUCACGCGGUCUAUUGGCGAUGACGAUCUGAAGCCAGCUGUAACUGCUGAACCUGAGAUUUCUGAAACUAUCCUGUGUGGGGACGACGAAUACAUUGUAAUGGGUAGCGAUGGGCUGUGGGAUGUUGUGACGGAGGAGGAAGUAGUGGGCAUAAUACGAGACACGGUUAAAGAGGCGGGAAUGUGUUGUAAGAGAUUGGCAACUGAGGCUGCCGAACGAGGCAGCCAAGACAACAUAACAGUUAUUGUCGUGUUCUUGCGCCCUGUCUCCACCGCCCAAAGAAUUUAUUGAUCUGCUCAAAGCGUAUGCACAUUCCAUCAUCAUUCUUUUGAUCUGGUUGGGUAUUCAGUAUUGAUUACUUAGCACUCCGUACUUUACUUGGCACGUGAUUAUUAAUUUGCCUUUAAAUAAUUAUUGAUCCGUAUAAUUAGGGAACCACACAUGGGUUUUGGGUACCUACGAUGUUCUGUUUGUAAAAUGGAUGAUUCCUACUCCCCCUAUCCCCCACCUUGGCCCGGAAACAUGAGUAUUAUU